ACUUUUGCAGUAAAGCAAUAUGAUUACAGUAUGGAAACCCUUGGACUGUUUUCAAGAUAAGGCUGAAACAAGGAUAUCCCUACUGCUAUUGAAUCAGCCGAAUCCAUAUAACAAGUCAUUUCUUACAGCUUUAUGGAAUAAAGCCUUGUUUCGAGUGGCAGUAGAUGGCGGCUGUAACCAUCUACACAAUGCGUUCAGGGAUAAUGCUCCAGCCUUUCUCCCCGAUUUAAUCACAGGAGAUUUUGAUUCUAUCCAGGAAUCUGUCAAGAAGUUUUAUCAAGAGAAAGGAGUAGAGAUUGUGCCAACCCAAGAUCAAAACUACACAGAUUUCACAAAGGCCAUAAUGGAGAUAGGCAAAAGAAACAAGGACAAACAAAUAGACAAUAUUUAUGUGUAUGGAACCUUUGGGGGCAGACUUGACCAUGUGUUUGCCAAUGUGAACACUUUGUUUGAAGCCAGUCAGUACACUAGUGCCAAUGUGAUGCAUUUCUCAGAGGACACUGUAGCUUUCCUACUACAGACAGGUAAACAUAAGAUAUUGGUGGAUCCAGCACUUUGUGGGGAGUGGUGUGGUUUGAUCCCUAUCGGUGAACCCUGUAGAUGUGUCACCACUCAGGGACUCAAGUGGAAUCUAGAAAAAGAGGUCAUGCAAUUUGGAGGGCUUAUAAGUACGUCCAACACACUGAGCGAUGAUACAGUAGAUAGUGUGACUAUUGAGACGGACAAACCUUUGCUAUGGACCAUGGGAAUUUCCGUAUCAAAGGUGAUAAACUGUAAUUAAAGGUCUUUCCAACAUGAAACAUCCACAAUAUAUAUUCAACAUCUCCUUUGCUUUCUUCUCUGCAAUACAUAGGCAGAUCAAAAGUGCUGAAACAGGCUUAGUUUUAACACUUUCCUUAGAAACGACUGUUGAUUAAGAGAGAGAGAGAGAGAGAGAGAGAGUUUAUGUUAUAAUACUGUUAAAAUUGUUUAAGUAUGUUGAAAUUUACGACCGGAAUAUGAAUCACACAUGUAUUUUGUUUCAUUACAUUUUCAACGGUGAAAUACCAAAGUGAUAUUUUGUCACAGUGUGAAAGAAUUUCAGAAAUUUGGCAAAACUCGCGAUUUCCCUUCCCUUCAUAAAGAGUGUUUUAAAAAAUACCCCCAGGCCUGUUUUAAGAUAAGAGUGAAUUAAUAAUCCUGAUAAAUAUUAAACUGCCAAAAUUUCUCCAAUGUGUUGUUGAAAUUAAUGUAUACAAUGUUUAUCAAUCUCAAAAUCCAUAAGUUUUGACGUCCCAACCUCUCAUUUACUAUGACGUCACAGCCUAUGACACUGUGGUACGAAAAGACAGAGGCAAAAUGAAAAUCAAAGAAAAUGCAAUAAACAGAAAUUCUAAUAUUUUGUAGGUUGAAUGUGGAAUUUAUUUCAUUCGUGAGACCGAUUUUUUUUAUAUUUUCACUCGUGCUUCGCAAUCGGAAAAAUCUCAAAGAAUCCUGCCCCACUUGCGAAAUAAAUUCCAUAUCCAACUUCAAAACAUUGAAUAUCCUCUAUAUUACUGUUUUGAAAUUGAUUAUUUUUGAAUGAAGUUUUGUUUCAUAUAAUUUCUAUAUCCAUAUUUUAAAAACAAUUUUACUAUCUAUCA